UAAAAGGUUGUUGUUUGCUUUGGGAGACUAUUUCGUGUGGUGUUUCAAGUGUGGUGUCUAGAGAGAAUUCGAUCUCUUCCGACCGUUCAAGUGAGUUCCAGUGUGACAAUAUGAUCAGCAGGGCAGCGAUCCUGUUGGUAGGCUUUCUAGCCGCGACCAACGGACAAGUGCGCGAAGGAUGGUUCGAUAGCCGAGUCGAUCACUUCAACCCACGCAACCAGGAAACGUUCCCGAUGAGAUAUUAUGCGAACGAUGAGCACUCUUACCGUUGGGGACCAAUUUUUGUAGUCGUUGGUACUGACGCAGCUGUGGAUACUCGUUACAUAACGCAAGGUCUGUUCUACGAUAUUGCUUAUCUGGAAGGUGCCUAUCUGUUUACCAAUGAACAUCGCUAUUUCGGACAAAGUUUACCGGUUGCUGACGCAUCCUCUGAAAACAUGGACUUUUUGACCAUCGAUCAAACGUUGGCAGAUCUUGCUGCAUGGAUUCACUAUUUGAGGGAUACGGUUGUCGAUAAUCCUAGAGCCAAGAUCAUUCUGAUGGGAUACGGACACGGAGGUGCUUUGGCCGCUUAUUUCCGCCAACAGUAUCCACAUCUGUGUAACGGUGCCUGGAUAUCCAGUGGACCAGUGGAAGCAGACUUAGCCGUACCCGGAUUUAUGGAGUCACUAGGUGAUACCAUCUGGGCUGCCGGAAGCAGCGAAUGCUACAACACCAUUUUCAGUGGAUUCUUGGUAGCGCAAAAUCUUAUCGCCCUAGGACGUUCGGAUGAGUUGACCGAAUUAUUCCACUUGUGCGAACCCCUCAAUACGGACGAUCGCUGGGAUACAACCGCUUUCCUGUUGGGUCUGCAAACUGACAUCCAGCAAGAAAUGUUGCACCUUCGCAAUCUAGCGUCAACACGUGCGAUGUGCGAGCAAAUUGAAAACGAUACAAUCACCAACAGUUUGCACGCACUGAAUACGUGGUUCGCACGUGAACACCAAUUCGAACAGUGCAUCAAUCUCAACUUUGAAACGUAUAUGGCUCCGCUCCUGCAAACCGACUUCGAUUCAACUGACCUGCAGAAUGGCCUUCGUCAACGACUGUUCCUACAGUGUACGGCAACUGGAUUCUUCCCGACGACCAGAUCUUUCUACCAGCCAUUCGGUAACCAAAUCGAUACGGAGUUCUACGUUGAAGUGUGCAGCCGUGCGUUCGGCGAUUGGAUCACCGAAGAUCUGAUUCAGGCCCAGAUCAACAGAAUGAAUAUCCUGUACGGUGGCAAAACACCCAAACUGAGGAACGUUCACUACACCCACGGUACAAUCGAUCCCCAAAUGGCGGCUGGAAUUCUAGCGGAUCUCAACGAUGACGCUCCGGCAACCAUCAUUCCCGAUACCUUUUUCGCACCCGAUUUGGAAUCGAUCGAUGCCGACCUGGAUUCGCCCGAGCUGCGUGCCGCGAAAGAAAGAACCCGCGAUCUCAUCGAUAUCUGGAUAUUCGAGGAGUUUGAACCGAUCGCUUCGAAGACGCCGGGAGUUUAGGAAGUAAGCGAGUUAGGUUAGGUUUUUUUUGUGAUGAAAUAAAAAUGGGAAAAAUUUUCGGAAGCAGAUUGCACAUUCAA